GGGAGCGCAAGUGCGCAGGCGCGGUCGCGGGGCGGGCUGCGAGCGGAAUCUCAGCGAUCCUCAGUCCCUGCCGCAUCCCCUUGCCUGUCGCCAUGGCCGCCUACAAGCUAGUGCUGAUCCGGCACGGCGAGAGCGCCUGGAACCUGGAGAACCGUUUCAGCGGCUGGUACGACGCCGACCUGAGCCCGGCGGGCCACGAGGAGGCGAAGCGCGGCGGACAGGCGUUGCGAGAUGCUGGCUAUGAAUUUGACAUCUGCUUCACCUCCGUGCAGAAGAGAGCCAUCCGGACCCUCUGGACAGUCCUGGAUGCCAUUGACCAGAUGUGGCUGCCAGUAGUCAGGACUUGGCGCCUCAAUGAGCGACACUAUGGGGGUCUGACUGGUCUCAAUAAAGCAGAAACUGCUGCUAAGCAUGGUGAGGCACAGGUAAAGAUCUGGAGGCGAUCUUAUGAUGUCCCACCACCUCCGAUGGAGCCUGAUCAUCCCUUCUAUAGCAACAUCAGCAAGGAUCGCAGGUACGCAGACCUUACUGAGGACCAGCUGCCUUCCUGUGAGAGCCUGAAGGACACUAUUGCCAGGGCACUGCCCUUCUGGAAUGAAGAAAUUGUCCCCCAGAUCAAGGAGGGGAAAAGAGUCCUGAUUGCGGCCCAUGGCAACAGCCUUCGGGGCAUCGUCAAGCAUCUGGAGGGUCUCUCAGAAGAGGCCAUCAUGGAGCUGAACCUGCCAACUGGCAUCCCCAUUGUCUAUGAAUUGGACAAGAACUUGAAGCCUGUCAAACCCAUGCAGUUCCUGGGAGAUGAAGAGACCGUGCGGAAAGCCAUGGAAGCUGUGGCCGCUCAGGGCAAGGUCAAGAAGUGAAGGCAAGCAGGCCGACUCCUACCCUAGUACCCUCCUCCCUGCCUGUUGAUGCCUCUGGCACCCUUCCCCAACACCUGUCAUGCUGACUACAUCUGUAGGAUCUUAAGUUUAGGUUGUAGCUGCAGAUGAGAACCUGCAGCUCCCAUUUUCAUUUUAGUAUUUUAUCCCCUGCACCCACUCCCUUCAUAGAAUCUAGUCAGAAUAACACCUCUGGGGUGCAGGAUCCGGGGCCACAUCCAGGAACAGCUCCCCUUACCAGGAGAGUUGAGAGGUAGUAAUUAGUUUUUCUUAGUCCUUUGUUUACUAAGGGUCUGCUUUAGGAAGGUCUGGCAGGAACCAUGCUGUGGUAUGACCAGUGAGAAGCUGCAGCCCAGUUUUGUCCCUGGAGCC